AUGCAACUGCGGAGCGAUGUGAAUCCCAAAGGCAUUUUCGUUUGCGGGUUGCCUGACUCCACAGAGAGCCGUGAAGUAUAUGAAUAUUUCUCCAAAUUCGGCGUCGUCACCGAGGUCAAUCUUAUAAAUCGCAUGGAGAAGUUUAACUCUCGCCUUUGGGGCUUCGUCAAUUUUCGUGACACUGACACAGUGGAGAAGGUGUUGGAAGCUCAACCACACGUGAUAAAUGCGACUCGAAUAACCGUUUCCCAUGCCAUAAGCCGGACAUCCGGUGAUACUGAUGUGUCACACGCCAAAGUAGCGACUCAUUGGAUCACAGGGCUAUCCCGCGGCUUCGGGUUUGUUAAAUUCACGGAUAAAGCGGCUUUUGAUAAUGGUGUUCUGGAAGCCUGCCACAACAUCAACGGCUCUGAAAUCGAAGUCAAGCCGGCGAUGCCUGAAAGCCUAUCGCGUUUCUUUGGAUUCUAA